AUGGCGACCGAUCCAACUCAGUUGCACCAACUCAGUCUCCUUCUCGGAGCCGAUCCAACUCACUUCGAAACCCUAAUAACUCACCUUAUGUCUUCUUCCAACGACCAACGGUCCACAGCCGAAUCUCUCUUCAAUCUCUGCAAACAAACUAACCCCGACUCGCUCCUCCUCCGACUCACUCAACUUCUCUCCUCCUCUUCCCUCCCCGAAAUCCGCGCCAUGUCCGCUGUCCUCCUCCGAAAACAUCUCACCUCAGCCUCCGACGACUCCUUCCUCUACCCCAAACUCAAUGAGUCAACUCGGUCCACCAUAAAAAACUCCCUCCUCUCCUCUCUCCAGCACGAAACCACAAAAUCCAUCACCAAAAAGAUAAACGACACGAUAUCCGAACUCGCCUCCGCGGUUCUCCCCGAUGGCGGCUGGCCGGAGUUGUUGCCGUUCAUGUUCCAGUGUGUCACCGCUCAAAACAAUCACAAUCUCCAAGAAUCAGCGCUCUUGAUCUUCGCUCGACUGGCUCAAUUCAUCGGCGAAACCCUAAUUCCACACUUAGCGACACUGCACGGAGUGUUUUUAAAUUGUUUGAAUAAUUCGACGAGUGGUGAAGUCAGAAUAGCGGCUCUGAACGCGACAAUCAAUUUUAUCCAGUGUUUAACAAACAAUUCUGAUCGUGAGAACUUUCAGGAUUUGUUGCCGUUGAUGAUGAGGACUUUGACCGAGGCGUUGAAUGGAAAUCAAGAGGCAACAGCACAAGAAGCGCUUGAAUUGUUGAUUGAAUUGGCGGGAGGGGAACCCCGGUUUUUAAGAAAGCAAAUAGUGGAGGUUGUGGGGUCCAUGUUGCAAAUUGCAGAGGCGGGGAGUUUAGAGGAAGGGACAAGGCAUUUAGCUAUUGAGUUUGUGAUUACUUUAGCGGAAGCAAGAGAGCGAGCUCCAGGGAUGAUGAGGAAGUUGCCGCAAUUUGUGCAUAGGUUGUUUAUGGUUUUGAUGGGGAUGUUGUUGGAUAUUGAGGAUGAUCAGCAAUGGCAUGGUGCAGAGACUGAAGAUGAGGAUGCUGGAGAGACUAGUAAUUAUGGGUUUGGGCAAGAGUGUUUGGAUAGGUUGGCUAUUGCCCUUGGUGGCAAUACAGUCCUUCCGGUUGCUUCAGAGGUUUUCCCAGCAUUUUUGCCUGCUUCGGAGUGGCAGCAGCCUCAUGCUGCGCUUAUUGCACUAGCACAGAUUGCUGAGGGUUGCUCAAAGGUGAUGAUAAAGAACCUGGACCAGGUAGUCUCUAUGGUUUUGAAUUCAUUCCAACAUCCCCACCCCCGUGUGAGAUGGGCCGCUAUAAAUGCAAUUGGACAAUUGUCAACAGACUUGGGCCCAGAUUUGCAAAUGAAGUAUCACCAGCUAGUACUGCCUGCUUUGGCUGGAGCUAUGGAUGAUGUUCAAAAUCCUCGAGUCCAGGCCCAUGCUGCUUCAGCAGUGCUUAAUUUCAGUGAGAAUUGCACGCCAGAUAUCCUGACACCAUACUUGGAUGGGGUUGUUAGCAAACUUCUUGUACUCCUUCAGAAUGGGAAGCAGAUGGUGCAGGAAGGAGCCCUGACAGCCUUAGCAUCAGUCGCUGAUUCAUCAAAGGAACACUUCCAGAAAUAUUAUGAUGCUGUAAUGCCUUACUUAAAAGCUAUAUUGGUCAAUGCAAAUGACAAGUCUAAUCGUAUGCUCCGUGCAAAAUCUAUGGAGUGCAUUAGUCUGGUUGGGAUGGCUGUGGGAAAGGAUAAAUGUAGAGAUGAUGCUAAGCAGGUUAUGGAUGUCCUGAUGUCACUGCAAGCAUCUCAAAUGGAGGCAGAUGAUCCAACAACAAGCUACAUGUUACAAGCAUGGGCCAGACUUUGCAAGUGCCUUGGACAGGAUUUUCUUCCUUACAUGAGAGUUGUCAUGCCUCCUUUGCUUCACUCUGCCCAACUUAAGCCUGAUGUUACCAUUACAUCUGCAGAUUCAGAUGCUGAUAUCGACGACAACGACGACGGCAGCAUGGAGACAAUCACUCUUGGGGAUAAAAGAAUAGGGAUCAGGACAAGUGUCCUGGAGGAAAAGGCUACAGCUUGCAACAUGCUUUGCUGCUAUGCUGAUGAGUUGAAGGAAGGGUUUUUCCCAUGGAUCGAUCAGGUUGCAACUACAUUGGUUCCUCUUCUUAAAUUUUACUUCCAUGAAGAAGUGAGGAAGGCAGCUGUGUCAGCUAUGCCGGAACUGUUAGGUUCAGCUAAAUUAGCUGUAGAAAAGGGUCAAUCUCAAGGGCAUAAUGAGUCUUAUAUAAAGCAGUUGUCAGAUUAUAUAGUUCCAGCUUUGGUGGAGGCUUUACACAAGGAGCCCGAGGUAGAAAUUUGUGCAAGCAUGUUGGAUUCGUUGACUGAGUGCAUACAGGUAUCUGGACCACUUUUAGAUGAAAGCCAAGUAAGGUCCAUUGUGGAGGAGAUCAAGCAGGUCAUCACAGCCAGCUCAGUUAGAAAACAAGAAAGAUUGGAGAGGGUCAAAGCAGAGGACUUUGAUGCAGAAGAAAGAGAGCUGCUUGAGGAAGAAAAUGAGCUAGAAGAAGAACUUUUUGAUCAAGUUGGUGAUUGCUUGGGCACAUUGAUCAAAACCUUCAAGGCCUCUUUCUUGCCUUUCUUUGAUGAGCUUUCACCUUACAUAACACCUAUGUGGGGUAAGGAUAAAACAGCAGAAGAGAGGAGAAUUGCCAUUUGUAUAUUUGAUGAUGUUGUGGAGCAUUGCAAGGAAGCUGCUCUUAAAUAUUAUGAUACUUACGUCCCUUUCCUACUAGAAGCCUGCAAUGAUGAAAGCCCGGAUGUUUGUCAGGCAGCUGUUUAUGGGAUUGGUAUUUGCGCAGAGCUUGGUGGAUCUGCAUUUAAACCACUUGUUGGAGAGGCCCUUUCGAGGUUGAAUGGUGUAAUAAGUCAUCCUAAUGCACUUCAUUCGGACAAUACAAUGGCAUAUGACAAUGCUGUUUCAGCUCUUGGAAAAAUAUGCGAGUUUCAUCGGGAUAGCAUAGAUGCAGCACGGAUAGUUCCAGCUUGGUUAAACUGCUUGCCAAUAAAAAGUGAUUUAAUUGAAGCCAAGGUGGUUCAUGAUCAGCUUUGCUCAUUGGUAGAAAGGUCCGAUAGAGAACUCUUAGGGCCAAACAAUCAAUACCUUCCCAAAAUAGUCCAUGUUUUUGCUGAGGUCAUAUGUGCGGGAAAAGAGUUGGCAGCUGAACAAACUGUCAGUCGAAUGAUUAAUCUGUUGAGACAAAUUCAGCAAAUGUUACCACCUGCAACCCUAGCUUCAACUUGGUCAUCCUUGGAACCACAGCAGCAAAUUGCUUUGCAAUCUAUACUCUCUUCUUAG